AUGGCUACCGACCAAAAUAGCGUGGUUGUGGUGAUGGUUCCACUGCCGUUACACGGCCACCUCAAUCAGCUCCUCCACCUCUCCCGCCUUGUCGCCUCCUACAACUUCCCUGUUCACUUCGUCUGCACCACCACCCAUUGCCGUCAAGCCAAGCUCCGAGUCCAGGGAUGGAACCCCCAUACCAUCUCCACCAUCAAUUUCCAUGACUUCCCCAUCCCUCCCUACGCCUCCCCUCCACCCAACCCCCAUUCCACCAAUAAGUUCCCUUCCCAUCUCCAACCUUUAUGUGAAGCGGCCACCCAUCUCCGUCGACCGGUGGCCACCCUCCUCCGGAAACUCUCCGCCACCACCCGACGCCUUGUUGUGAUCCAUGACUCUCUGAUUGGUUCUGUCGUUCAAGACUUUGUUUCUCUUCCGAAUGCAGAAUCUUACACUUUUCACAGCGUAUCAGCUUUCUCGAUUGCCUUGUUCACUUCACAGAAAGUUGGAGAGCAAAUCCAAGAGUUGGUCGAACCACAUGCCCUAACAAAAGACCUCCUCUCGUUUGAGGGUUGCUUCACCUCCGAGUUCAAGAAAUUCAUCACAGUCCAACACGAAUACACAAAACUUAGUUCGGGUCGUAUCUACAACACGUGUAGAAUCGUCGAGCAACCAAUCUUGGACCUACUUGCAACAGAUGCGAGAAACAGAAACAAGUUACUUUGGGCUCUCGGACCUUUUAAUCCGGUAGACAUAAAACCAACACCACUCUCGAGGAAAGAUGGUGGUCCAGGCGACAGAUGCCUCAAAUGGCUUCACAAGCAAGCAUCGAACACCGUGAUCUUCGUUUCUUUCGGGACAACCACUUCAUUCUCCCAAGAACAAAUUCUCGAGAUUGCAAACGGGUUGGAAAAAAGCAAUCACAAGUUCAUCUGGGUGCUGAGAGAUGCAGAUAAAGGAGAUAUGUUCAGAGAUGAUCUUAGACGGGUGGAGCUCCCAGAAGGGUAUGAAAAUCGAGUUAAAGAUAGAGGGUUAGUCGUUCGAGAAUGGGCACCUCAACUAGAAAUCUUGGCUCACCCAUCGAUCGGUGGAUUCAUGAGUCACUGUGGAUGGAAUUCGUGCGUUGAAAGUAUGUCAAUGGGUGUCCCGAUAGCUGCCUGGCCCAUGCACUCCGAUCAACCAAACAACGCCGUGCUGGUAACCAAGAUUCUCAAAAUAGGGUUGCUGGUGAAAGAAUGGUGCCGGCGAGAGCAGGUGGUGGCGGCAGCGGCGGUGGAGACGGCGGUUAGGAGACUGAUGGGUUCGAAGGAAGGGCAAGAGAUGAGGAAGAGAGCGGUGGCAAUGGGCAGCCGAGUUAGGAAGUCGGUGAAAGAUGGCGGCAUCACUCAGAUGGAGCUGGAAUCGUUCAUCGCUCAUAUAACUCGAUAAACAUCGAUUAAUUAUAUCAUCUGCCGACUUAAUUCGAUCAUGUAAGGAAAGUAAAUUCGAUCAGCGGUCAUUUUCCGUUUCAUGGUUGGGUUGACAAAUUAAAUGGAGGGUCCGUCGGGCCGCCACCGUAUGGAACAACCGAAUAACUGCGUAGUGGAGGCCGACGUCUCAACUCAUUAAUUCUCUUUGGUGGCCAAAAACUUUCAACACAUAAAUGCAGUGCUUAAAAAGGAACAUUCAAUGUGGUAUGUUUUUUCCCUUUUUGGUAAAAAAUUGUGGUAUUAAGCAUAAAACGACAUAUUUGCUUAU